AUGCCAGUCUUCGCGCCGCGGGAGCGACCCUCUAGAAUGCAUCAUCGAAAAGGUAAAAACGGAUCGUCGAACUGCAAUGCGGCCGUUGGAAAAUCCAUUGGUAGACGGGAAAGUGGAAUGGAGGCGAUGGCUAGGUUACGGUAUCUUAACAAAAAGCCGUUAUGUCUACAGUACAAUGUGCCAAACUCCGCCUACGCUAGGAAGCAUUUUGCAGCUGGUGUCAAAAGGAAAGAGCAAUCUUUCAUCGUCGUGAUCCUUUGCGGAAUCGCUCGACUUAUGCAAUGGGCAGCUGUUGGUAUCCAGCAAGCUACUGUAGAUUUUCUAUUGAAACCAGCUCAUGAACUAUUUCCUGACGAGUUCCCUGAACAAUGCUUCCAAUCCUCCUUCUACCGUAACCCUAUUCAACUACGGAAGCGUCCUGUGAAACGAGCAAUCGUUCGACGGUCAGAUGUUUCCAGAAUGCUACACUCUAUCAAUUUUUAG